CCUAUCGACAGUUUGGAACAACUUUGGAAAACUGAGAUUUAUUACCACGUAAACACUUAUUUUUCACCAAAUGAAACUAUGUAGAGGACUGAAUGUCGGACAGUAUGCAGAAAUCACAUUUGGGAGUAGCUGGGACGGUUUUCGAGUCCAUCGGUUGAAGAAAAGCGAUCAUCAGACGAAGUUUCUGUAGGGGAAAAAAGUUGAGUGCAGCUCGUCUGAGGUUUGUGGGACGGGCCGUCUGGCUGGAUGCGUGUUUUCAGCGGAAAUUCACCAAGGAAACUAACAUAACUAUUUCAUUUGAUGGUGCAGGAUAACAAUGUUUUGCCAGUUUAUCGAAUAACGAAUUACACAAAACACUAUAAGAACUUUCAAAAUUAAAAUCCACAAAAACAAAUUAAACUCCAAAGAAUAUCCGUUCUUUGUAGUCCAUUUAACUCUGGACCAUUUCUCGUUUUGGAAUCAUUCGUUAUCAUUCAUAAUAAACUGGUCAGUUUGUUUUGAUUGGACGCAUCAUCUCUGGAAGGCAACAUGGACGCGCGGCAGGGUCAGUGCGCGCCCCCGGUGGGGCAGCAGAUCGUGCACGUCCGCGGGGACUCCCAGACGGAUCUGGAGGCGCUGUUUAACUCCGUGAUGAACCCUAAAACCUCCGCCCUGCCCCCCUCCUCUCUGCCUAUGAGGAUGAGGAAACUACCAGACUCCUUCUUCAGACAGCCGGAUCCCCGAUCACACUCCAGACAGGCCAGUUCAGAUGGGACCAUCGUUGGGUCUCUGACACCUCAUCAUGUGCGUGCCCACUCCUCUCCCGCCUCGCUCCCCAUCAACGCCCUUUCUGCCCCAGCAACCAGUGUCAUGGCAACACAGCAGCUCCCUGACGACGUGCCCCUCCCUCCGGGCUGGGAGAUGACCAAGACUCCCUCAGGACAGUGCUACUUCCUCAAUCACCUGGACCAGACGACCACAUGGCAUGACCCCCGUCUCUCCCAUCUCCAGACCAACGCAGCGCCCCACCUGCUCUCUGCCCCCCCGCCACACACACACACCCUGGCACACCCUGCACCCAACACACACACACAGAGUAACACCAGCUCCAACACAGGCCCCCUCCCAGAGGGUUGGGAACAGGCAGUGACUCCUGAAGGAGAGGUCUACUACAUCAACCACAUCACCAAGACCACCUCCUGGUUAGACCCACACCUAGUCCAGGGUGCUGUAGCCCAGGUGAAGCCCUCAACCCUGACCUCUGACCCGGUUGGCAUUGCGACAGUGGUAACCAAGCGCAGGCAGCAGCUGCAGGUGGAGAAGGACAGGCUGAGGCGGAAACAACAGGACCUGGCCCGUCCAAUCAGAGUACAGGAUGUGGCGGUGAGGAGUGGACUGGAGCAUGAUGGGAAAAUGAGGAACAACCAUGUAGACCCCACCCUCAACGGGGCCCGUAACCAGAGUACUGACAGUGGUCUGAGUGUCAGCAGCUUCACACGGACUCCUGACGACCUGCUGAACACUGUGGAACUCAUGGAUACAGGUAACACACACCUUGUCUGUAGGCUCGGUGACGGAUGUGAUGUGGCCACCUGCUUCGUAUUUGUCAAGCUGAGCCGUCGCAGCUGCUUCCAUGGCCACUGGUACAUUGCGGGGUGCACACUGGACAGGCUGGAUUGCUGCGUCCAACUCAAAGUGGACUUCGCCGGGAACUGA